UUUUUUUUUUUUUUUUUUUUAAUGAGAGACCGACGAUGUUUCUCAGCGAUCCCUCGUCGGGGGAAUCGUCGAGUGUCGGACAACUCGCGAAACAAUUGACGAUAAAACGCGACAAGACGAGUCGCUUUUUAAUUUAAAAAAAAAUCGAAACGUGCGUUUGCACGUGCGAAAUUUUUCGAAAAAAUCACACCGUAUCACCGGUUGUAGAAUGAGAUGAUCAUCCUCUAGUCCUAAAUAGUAUACGGAAACCAAAUGCUCCCGAGAGAGCGCGACUCGAUUAGAAGAGAUUUUUUCUCGUGGCAUUGACAGUUCAGCUGACGAUAUUUUCGACGUGCGUGGUUGUGUUGGUUCGCGCGUGUCGAUGUUCUCCCUUUCUAGAAUUGAUUCGAAAUACACGUAAGCUGCGAAUCGGUUCAACAUCGUUGUCGCUCCAAAACGCUCGACGGGAUUCGUCCCGAUUGUGAACGUAUUGUGCGCGGCGCGAGAGAUCGUUUCGACUGUCAAAAAAAAACCAGGGAACGGAAAACGAUCGAGAAGAGUUUUUUUUCUUUUUGGACGGCAUAUAAAUCUGUCCGUAGGGUGUGUUUUUUUACUGCGGCUUUUCUGCGCGGCGGCGAGAUGACGACGACGACGACGACGACGACGACGGCUGCGUAGAUGCUGCGGGCAGGCAGUGCGUUAAAUGAAUUAGCUGGCUUGACAGUCGUGUUGUAUCAAGUUGCUUUGAGGUGCAAAGUAAGUCUCGAAGACUAAUCUGAAUGAGAAUGGGGAUUGUCAAGAAGGAAUGAUAGGAUGCAAGAGGGUAAUACCGCUGUUGCACUAGCGAUGGUGACUCCUGGAUACGAUCAGGACCCUGCAAGCGGGGUCGCGGAUUAUACAACCCAUCAGGAUCAGGCUCAGUUCGAGGCUGACAAGAGGGCUGUAUACAAACAUCCACUAUUUCCAUUGUUGGCGUUACUUUUCGAAAGAUGCGAGCAAGCGACCCAGAGUUCGGACAACUCCACGUCCGAAAGCUUCAACAUGGAUAUACAGGCUUUUGUCCAGCACCAAGAAAGAGACCGAAAGCCCUUCUUGAUCAAUGACCCCGAGAUUGACGGUUUGAUGAUCAAGGCAAUACAGGUGCUACGUAUCCAUCUUCUGGAGUUGGAAAAGGUGCAAGAGUUGUGCAAGGACUUUUGCAACAGAUAUAUUACGUGUUUGAAGGGCAAGAUGCAAAGCGAGAACCUAUUACGCAGCGACUACAGCCACCACGGGCACGACAUGGGUCCGUCAAGUGGAAGCAACGGCAGCAGUCCGUUGCAGGUGCUGUCAUCUACAGGCAAUGAUGUUGAGUCGGGAGCUAACGGAUUCAGAGUGAGCCGAGGGGACUCCGUGGCGGAGAACGACGGUGGAAAUUCACGAGAAGAGGGCGUUAAUCACGACCAAACGUCGUCGGUCCGAUUGUCUUCCGCCGUCCAGCAUUCCGGUAAAUCUACUAGCCAAGACCACGACGACCCACUCUCACCGUCCGCAGUACACGGAAGCACGCCUUUGUCUCAAAUUGGAGCGCACGGAUGCGCUCCAGUUAAUGACAUGUAUCUCGGUCAAGAUGACAGUGUUGAAUAUUUGCGGACUAUUUCCGAAAGAAUAUACUUGGAAGAGGCUGGCUAUUGGGGACUCGUUCCGUUAAGAGAAAGAGAAAAGGAAAGAGAGAGAGAAGAAUAUUUCGAUAUUACUGUUGCAGGCUCACCUUCUCCUGCAGCAAGUGAAGAUGAGGAUGAGAAUACCGGCAACACGUCCUCAAAUCACGCUGGGAAUCAUAGAAGUAAUCACGGUAGCGCUAGAAAGGGACGCCAGAAGCGAGGUGUUUUACCUAAACAUGCUACUGGUAUUAUGAGAACGUGGCUCUUUCAGCAUUUAGUGCAUCCUUAUCCAACUGAAGACGAGAAGCGUCAAAUCGCUAGUCAGACAAAUUUAACAUUACUGCAAGUGAACAAUUGGUUUAUCAAUGCUCGUCGACGGAUUCUGCAACCUAUGUUGGACGGCGCUGGUGCAGAUUCGGCAUCUCGUGCGGGAAAACGCCAUAAGGUUUCGAAACACGCUACGCAGCAACACGCGACUCAACAGCAACAAGCAGGUUGGCAGUCCGAAGAUUCUGCAAGUGACUCGGGUUCUAGCGACGGUGAAGGAGGUGCCGCUAGAUCGAAAGACGGUAACGACAGCGAUGAAGAUGAACUUCACUGACCUCCGUCGAUCACCGAAACGUCAACCUCUUUACGGUACCUUCAAAUCCAGUUGCUCAUUACAGUAUUAAGAUAUUCGGGAAUAGAUAUUGCUUUAACUGUCAAAUACGUAAUUAAUCUCGCGAAAGUUAAGGAUACGUGGGUAGAGGUUAUCACGCUCUCUCAUUACUCGAGACUCUGACCGUUUUCGUCAGGUAGCUUUCUCACAAUAGUUCGGAGGUAGUAAAAAAAAAAAACUCGCAACUUUUGACCGGAUUUCAUAAUUCACGUCUUUCCCUUACUCGCUCGAUUUCUUAACACUUAAUUGUUAAUAUUGAGGUCUAGUAGAUCCCAAAGAAAUUUCGUCGACAAGAACUGAGAUUGAAUAGGUACUAGAAAGAGUGCAGCUAAUUUAAAUACAUCCAAUUUUUAAAAAAUAAAAAAAAUGUACGUUUACAUCUCAAGCUACAAGAAAUGUUAUUUAUUUUUUUAUGAGAAAUUUUUAAGUAAAUGUCUGCGCAAAUAGUUAAGAUAAAUGUUAGCUUUCUUGGAAUCGUAAAUCUUUUUUCUACAUUUAAUAUUUAAAUAAUUUUCAGUAUAUAUAUACUAUUUCUUAAUGUGUUAAUAUAU